ACCACUUUCUCAUUGCAUCAUCACCUCGAUCUUUCUAAAAGAAUCUCCACAUUAUAAAUAGACUCAUUUCCAUUAGCACAAAAUAAAAUUAUGGGUAAUGCUCACUUUGAUGAUCAAUAUUCACAUCAAAAGGUAGAAAUCCCAGCACCAAAGCCAUUCUUGAAGACACUCAAAUCUUGUGUGAAAGAAACACUAUUUCCUGAUGACCCCUUUAGGAAAUUCAAGAACCAGUCACUUACCAAGAAACUUGCUUUGGGUUUGCAGUAUUUUGUCCCCAUCCUCGAUUGGGCUCCUCGCUAUACGUUUCAACUUUUCAAAGCUGAUUUUAUUGCUGGAAUCACAAUUGCUAGUCUUGCUGUUCCUCAAGGGAUAAGCUAUGCUGGUUUGGCUAACUUGCCUCCAGUUAUUGGACUUUAUUCAAGCUUUGUGCCACCGAUGGUAUAUGCGAUGUUGGGAAGUUCGAAGCAUUUGGCAAUAGGGAAUGUGGCAGUUCCAUCGCUUCUCAUUUCUGCAAUGCUUGGCCGAGUCGUUAAUCCUCACGAUAAUCCCAAGCUUUAUCUUCAGUUGGUAUUUACUGCUACUUUCUUUGCUGGAGUUUUCCAAGCUUCCUUAGGCUUGUUAAGGCUAGGAUUCAUAGUGGACUUUCUAUCGCAUGCAACAAUAUUAGGGUUCAUGGGAGGAGCAGCCACAGUAGUGUGCUUACAGCAGCUGAAAGGAAUUCUUGGACUUGUUCAUUUCACCCAUGAAACUGAUAUUGUCAGUGUCAUGCGCUCCAUCUUUAGCCAAUUACACCAGUGGAGAUGGGAAAGUGGAGUCCUAGGUUGUUGUUUUCUCUUCUUCCUCUUGUUGACCAGAUAUUUUAGCAAAAAGAAGCCAGCUUUCUUCUGGAUAAGUUGUAUGGCGCCUCUAACAUCUGUGAUCUUGGGAAGUGUUCUUGUUUAUUUCACCCAUGCUGAAAAAAAUGGGGUUCAAGUGAUUGGGCACUUGAAAAAAGGGAUAAAUCCACCAUCGUAUUCUGAACUGGCAUUUAGCUCGCAGUAUCUUACAACUGCCAUUAAGACUGGAAUCGUCACUGGUGUCAUCGCCAUGGCUGUAAGUACAAUAUGUCUCCAAUUGUUAAUUUAUUUUUAUUUACUUUUUAUCUGUCAUACUAAUUCGGAUUCGGUCUUAGACUUUCUGAUUUAUUUUGGGAUGAUGAACAUUGCUGGUUCUUGCACCUCUUGCUACUUAACCACAGGACCAUUUUCACGUACGGCAGUGAAUUUCAAUGCAGGAUGCAAGACAGCAGUGUCCAACAUAGUAAUGGCAACAGCAGUGAUGAUAACAUUGUUGUUGCUAACACCAUUGUUCCAUUACACACCCCUUGUUGUGCUUUCCUCCAUUAUAAUUUCAGCCAUGCUAGGCAUCAUUGACUAUAAUGCUGCUAUCCACCUUUGGAAAGUUGACAAAUACGAUUUCCUCGUUUGCAUUAGUUCCUUCAUUGGAGUUGUCUUUGGUAGCGUUGAAGUUGGCCUAAUAGUCGCGGUGGCAAUGUCUUUACUUAGGAUACUUCUCUUUGUAGCAAGGCCAAAGACAUUUGUCUUAGGUAAAAUACCAAACUCCAUGACCUAUAGAAACACUGAACAAUAUUCAGCAGCAAGCAGUGUUCCUGGAAUUCUCAUCAUACACAUUGAUGCCCCAAUCUAUUUUGCAAAUGCAAGUUAUUUGAGGGAAAGGAUUUCAAGAUGGAUAGAUGAAGAAGAAGAGAAGCAAAGGACUUUAUCUGAGAUUGAGCUGCAAUAUGUCAUAUUGGAUAUGAGUGCUGUUGGAAACAUCGAUACAAGUGGAAUUAGUAUGCUUGAGGAAGUGAAGAGAAAUGCAGAUAGGCGAUGUCUAAAGCUUUUAUUGGCAAAUCCUGGAGGGGAAGUGAUGAAGAAGCUGGAUAAGUCAAAUUUCAUUGACACAAUUGGGAAGGAAUGGAUCUAUUUAACAGUUGGGGAGGCUGUUAAUGCAUGCAAUUAUAUUCUUCACACUUGCAAGUUUCAAUCCAAGAGAAUUGAAUCUUCAACAAUCCCAGACGAUAACGUAUGAUCAUAAAUCAGAUCAAUGAUCCAAUUAAAAUAAUCAAAAUGUAUUAGUAUUCCUUUUUCUCUUUACAGUUUCACCAAGUGAAACAUCUUAGAGCUAGUUUCUUACCCUUUUACAAUUUUGUAAAAUUCAUAUAUCCGUGCUAAGUUAUUGAAAAUUGCUAUAAUGUUUCACACCUCUACUAUUUUA